ACGUUGCUUCUAGUUAAUUUAGCAGAUAAAUGCAAAUAUUAAUUUACUUAUUAUUUUUAUUAGUGGUUGCAUAGAGUUUAUUUAAUAAUAUACCUGUAAAAGAUGGUUGAAAAUAAUUCUGACGAUGGAAGUGGUUCGGAAUCUGAAGGUAGCCAUAGUAGAUCUCCUUCGCCACAAACUGCACAAACCCCGGGCUAUUCCUUGGAACAUCAUGAUCCAGAACAAGGUUCCCCUCGUAGCGCUCAUUCGGCUGCGAGUGGUAGUGAUAGAAAAUCACGUUCGCGUUCACGUUCAUCCUCGAGUUCGGGAUCGCACAGCAACUCAGGUUCUCGUUCUGGGACGCGGUCCCCAUCUGGUUCACCCCACAGCAGACGCUCAGGUUCAGCUCAAAGCAGACACUCUGCCACUUCGGCAGCCAGUAGAGAACAUAGGGCCCGUGAAAGCCCUGAACAUUCAAAUGUGGCUAGCCCCGACCAAUCACCUGUAGCAAGUCGACAACAAACUCCAGUUACAAGUCGUGAGCAAUCGCCUGUCGCUCAGGAGACUUCGCCGAAGCGUAAUGAGGGCACACCUCAUAAUCAAACCCCAAACGACGACGAUACACGUUCUCAAUCACCCAACUUGCAAAUAGAUGACCGUGCAAAUUCACGAUCACGUUCACGUAGCCAAAGUCGUCGCUCACGAUCCGCUACGCCACGCUCUAAAUCUGGGGGAUCUUCACAUUCAGGAUCUCGAUCAAGAAGUGGAACCAGGUCUCGUUCCGGAUCGCGUGCACAUUCAGGUUCACGUUCGCGAUCUGGUACGCCUGCAUCACGCAAAUCUGAUAAGUCUGGCAGUGGAUCUGAAUCAGGUAGUGAUUUUGGUGCCCGACAGAAGAAAAAGCGUAAGACCACAGCAUCUAGCGGUUCUGAAUCUGAAAGUGCUCCUCGCAAAAGAGCCAGUGGAGACGAAAGCGAUGAAGGUGCCACUGCAAAGGCUAAGAAAGCACGCAUUAUCGAUUCAGACAGCGACAAUGAAGAGCAAUCGCAAAAAAUCGAUGCAAAUGACAUUUUUGGAGAUGCCGAUGAUAUCAGUCUAUCUGAAGAUGAUGGUCAAAAAUCUGAUGCUGGUUCCCGUAAAAGUCACUCGCGCACCCGUUCACGUUCCAAGUCGAAAUCAAGCUCUCGGAGUGGUUCACGUCGUUCAGGUUCCGGAUCACGUUCCCGUUCAAGGUCUCGUUCACGUUCUUCUCGUUCGCGUUCUCGGUCACGAAGCCCAGGACGAGUAGAAGAACAACAGCAGAAGGAAGAUGAGCCGGAACCUAUUCCCGAAACUCGUAUUGAUGUCGAAAUUCCACGCAUAGUAACAGACCUGGGAAAGGAAAUUCACUUUGUAAAACUUCCGAAUUUCCUUUCGGUGGAUACACGUCCCUUUGACAAGGACACCUAUGAGGAUGAAAUUGAUGAGGAGGAAACUAUGGACGAAGAAGGUCGACAGCGUAUCAAAUUGAAAGUAAGUAAUACCAUUCGUUGGCGCGAAUAUAUGGCAAAUAAUGGUGACAUGAUCAAAGAAUCCAAUGCACGAUUUGUACGUUGGUCAGACGGUAGCAUGACAUUACAUUUGGGCAACGAAACCUUCGAUGUAUAUCGUCAACCAUUACAUGGCGAUCAUAACCAUAUGUUCAUUCGUCAAGGUACUGGUUUACAAGGACAAGCCGUCUUCCGCACCAAACUUACCUUCCGACCACACUCCACCGAAUCAUUCACACACAAGAAGAUGACAAUGUCACUGGCAGAUCGUUCACAAAAGACCAGUGGCAUUAAGAUUCUCACACAAGUCGGCAAAGAUCCGACCACCGAUCGUAAGUACAAUCUCAAAAAGGAGGAGGAAAAACUGCGCCAAGCAAUGCGUAUGCAACACAAACCGCAACCUAAGAAAAAGAAAGGUGGUGCGCAUGAUGUGCAUGGCGGUGCCAAUUCGUCGUAUCAUCACGACGAAGGAAGUGACGAUGAAAAUGCUAUUUCUCUUAGCGCUAUCAAGAAUAAAUAUAAGAAAGGUAGUGGCGGUGGUGGUGGUGGUGCACCUUCAGUAACCUCAGAACAAAAGGGUUCGGCCAUUUACUCAUCAGACGAAGAUGAUGGUUCCGACUUCGACGGCCGACGUAGCAAGAAAAAGGACAAGUCAAAAUCGGUGAAAGCACUGCGUGAUUCCGACAGCGAAUCGGAUAAUGAACAUGGCAGCGGCAAAGGGAGUGGCGGUGGCAGUGACAGCGAAGCCAGUGGCACUGCUGACGAGGGUGGCGGCAGUCCUCGUGGUGCAGGCGGUGGUAGUGGCUCAGGCAGCGGCAGUGGCAGCGGUAGUGAAAAUGAUGAUUAACGACCAUAACAAUGCGACAACGAAAAGAUAUAUUUAUUACGUUGGACAAUGUGCAAAACUGCAACAUUUUACUUAAAUAUAUAGUAUUGUUAGAUAUGUUAAUUAUGAUAGCUGCUCCGAAUAGCGUAGAAGCGAAUUGAAUGAUGUUAAUAAAUACAUUAAACUAA